GCCAUUGAGUCUCUAAUUGUUCUUUUGUGUCAUCUUCGAUCAAUUAUCCCCCUUCAAAUCUUAGUCUCUCACCCCAGAAUGAUAUUGAGCAGAGCGGGGCGUCUUUCCCCGCGCCUUUGCUCAAGCUAUAUCGAGAUCUCGAACUAUCUCCGCAGCGGAAGAACUGGAUUCAGAGGAGGGCUUCGUGGUCGUAUCUCUUCCCCAAGAUUAUUUUACACUAGAACAAUCCUUCAUAACCAACUUGAUACUCAGGGAGAGCGCCCGGCCUUUCUAGAGCAAUACAAACAAGCAGUUGAAUUCCCUGCCGCCACAUAUGACUUUGAGACGUUCCUUUCCCGGGCUACUCCAGACCAAGAAGUGGUGCUUCACGGCUAUCUUGGAGCCCGCAAAGACCUUUCCAAAAAGCUUGCCUUUGUGCGCUUAACAGACCCAACGAUGCAGCACAGUAUCCAGCUAGUAUCACUCGCUAAGAAUGGCGCAUUGGAGAAGCUCAAGGCUGUCAGAGCAAACAGUCCAGUUGCUGUUCGAGGGAAGGUCAAGGCUAAGCAGGCGAAAGGAUCUGAGAUAGAGCAGACCGAUCCCUGGGAAAUCCAGGUUGAUGAUAUUCGGCCUCUUAACGACUUCCCCAGUGAUAUCAUAAUGAAGUCCGACACUGUCUUUGCCCCAAAGCAGCGGUUUCUACAACUCCGAUCCGAUAGCGAAUUGCGUAAUGCGCUACGCUUCCGGGCUCAAGUGCACAAUGUCUGCAAGGAAGAGUUGGAACAGUGCCGGCCACCGUUUGUGGAGAUCGAGACGCCUCUUCUGUUCAAGUCGACACCUGAAGGUGCUCGUGAAUUCCUUGUGCCAACCAGAAAGCGCGGCCUAGCAUAUGCUUUACCCCAAAGCCCGCAACAGUAUAAACAGAUCCUGAUGGCAAGUGGGAUACCAAGAUAUUUCCAAUUCGCGCGCUGUUUCCGCGACGAAGACCUUCGUGCAGACAGGCAGCCAGAGUUUACUCAGCUCGAUAUGGAAAUGUCCUUUGCGACUGGAGAGGACGUUAUGCGCACGGUGGAAGGAAUUAUCCGCAGACUGUGGUCAACUUUAAUGAAGGAUCCCGCACCGUCGGGCCCAUUCGAACGUAUGUCCUAUCAGGAUGCCAUGAGUCGAUAUGGCUCCGAUAAACCCGAUACCCGGUUCGGAAUGGAGAUUUCGCGAAUUGAGCAUCUUCUUCCAGUAGACCUUGUCAGCAAGAUUACUCCCAUACCCCUCCCUAUAGUUGAGGUUUUCAAACUCGAAAACAAUGACAACGAUCCUGCUGCUAUGUCAGAAUUUAUCACUCAGUUCCUCGACUCCCCGGCUGGUGCACCCUUCAACAACAACCCAGAAGGCGGCCCAGGCAUCUUCGUAUACGAUGCAAAGAAGCCCUUAUGCGGCUUGCAGCCGUUUGGCUUCGAGGCUGCCGAGUUCUUAGAAGAGACUCUCGAUCUCGACCAUGGCGACCUCAUCGUAAUUCAAGCCCGUGAAAAUGCCCCCUUCGCGGGCGGCUCGACCCCAAUCGGUGACCUCCGCCGAGCACUCCAGUCCACAGCAGUCUCUUCCGGAUUCAAACCCGCCCCUGCAGGCUUCGAUUUCCGCUGGAUAGUCGAAUUCCCCCUUUUCUCUCCUUCGAGUGACUCCGAGCCAGGCCAAGGCGGCGCCGCCGGAAUAUCUUCCACCCACCACCCUUUCACGGCCCCCAAGACCGCUGCGGAUGUCGACCUCCUUCUUACUGACCCCACAAAGGUUGUUGCAGACCACUACGACCUUGUCGUCAACGGCGUCGAACUUGGCGGCGGCAGUCGCCGUAUACACGACGCUGCAGUCCAGGAGUUCAUCCUCCGAGACAUUCUCCAAAUGCCUGCUGAGCGGUUAGCGGACUUCUCGCACCUGUUGGAAGCUCUGCGAGCCGGAUGCCCCCCACACGCUGGUUUGGCACUGGGAUUCGACCGUCUUGUUGCCGUGAUGCUAGGCAAGGAAUCUGUGCGAGACGUUAUUGCAUUCCCGAAAAUAGGAAAAGUCGGAGAGGACCCGAUGGUGAAGGCGCCGAGCGUUAUGACUGAGGAGGCACUGGAAACGUAUCAUCUUCGACUCAAGGAGUGAUCUUUAUCCUAGGGCCGCGUUUAGCUAGAAGCUGUAUAUAUAUGGUGGGUCUGUACUGUAGAUAGAUGU